AUGGCUUCUCAAGAUCAAAUUCUUCGUGAAUUUCUUGAGACAUACAACCGUAUUGUUGAAGAAUGUUUCAAUCGAUGUAUUUACACAUUCAACUAUCGAUAUUUACUUGAUGAUGAAAUAGAUUGUUCAUCUCGUUGUGCAUCGAAAUUUAUGAAUGUUAAUCAACGCAUAGCAAUGAAUUUUGCAGAAAUACAAUCAAAAAAAAUGAUUGAUAUGCAGGAACAAGCCGAAGCACGAUCAGAGGAACAAGCAUCACCAACAUCCAAUAGUCAAAUGGCUGGCAAUUCUAAACAGUCUUGA